GAAAGGUCCUCCUUCUGCAUUUUGUAAUUGCGAUAUUUACUCCAAAUUUCCCCUUCCUGCAUACUUCUUGGGAUUUUUCCAAACAAUUAAUACAUUUCCUGGCCUCAAUUUACACUCUCCUUCUACCCAAUACUUCAAUUCAAUUCAAUUCAAUCUCUUUCUCUCUCUCCUCUCUCCUCUCUCUCUCUCUCUCUACACCCUACCCCCCUCCACCUCUCUCUCACAAUUAAUUUAAGCCUUAAAUCACUCCCUUCGUUUUCCUUAUAUAAAAUGGCCCUGAUCCUUCACCAAUUCUCGCAACAACAAAGAUCACCAACACUUUGCUGGUGCCAUUCUUUCUGACCUCUCUUCCAAAAACACUUCCUCCACCCACCUUAAAAAAACAGAGGACAGCCAUGAGUCGCAGAAACGAAAGUGGUCCAAAGCUUGACUUGAAGCUGAACCUGUCCCCACCGAGGGCUGAUCGGAGACUGGAUUCGCCGACACGAUCGGCGACGGCGUCUCCGACGUCACCGCCGAGCUCGUGCGUGUCUUCGGAGCUGAACCAAGAGGACAAGAGUUACUCUAACAGCCCUGAAGCCACUUCCAUGGUUCUUGUGGGUUGCCCUCGCUGCCUCAUGUAUGUGAUGCUCUCUGAGGAUGAUCCAAAGUGCCCCAAAUGCAAAAGCACCGUUUUGCUUGAUUUCCUCCAUGACACCAAAAACCCCACCAUAAGGAGGAGUUAGAGUAAUAGAGUUAGGGUCCUCUGUUUGUAGCUCCGUUUUCAUCUGUUCCUAAUAGUAAGACAUAUUAUAUUAGCUUGCAAUGCUUAGGAAUUAAUCUCCUUUUACUGUUUUUAACUAUUCCCUCCUUUUAUGAGUAGUGCUAUGUGCGCUCCACUUUUACGCUCUUUCCCAACAAUUUUGUCAAAGCAGGGGAUGCAGAGAUUGCAGAGACAGAAAGAGGCAGAGUGGAGCGUGAAUAGCACUAUUUUCAAUCACCUAUAGAAAGUUACUGGGAAAUUCGGAAAUGUUAGGUAUCUAUUAUAUAGGAGCUGGGUGCUCUUUAGCGGUUAAAAAAAAAGUGUUAUAGGGGGCUUAUAAUCUCAGGUGCCCUCCCUCUUAGCUUGCUUGUUGAAAUUUAAGGUGAAAUCAUCAAACCUUAGUUUCCCUUGACUCUCUUUUGCUCUGCAUCAAUGAUGUUAUGUUAAUGUUACUGUUUCAUUCAA